UGUUGGCAUCAUGUCAGACAAAAGCGAGCUAAAAGCGGAGCUUGAAAGGAAGAAGCAACGCCUGGCUCAGAUCAGGGAGGAGAAAAAAAGGAAGGAAGAUGAGCGCAAAAAAAAAGAGGUUAGUACAUGCUUAUAGGGACUUUAAUUACCCCCUGAACUAGACCUACCAAAAUGGCAGUGCACAUUCUGCUCAAAGUCUCUGAGUAUGCGUAUUUGACAUCAGAGUGGAAAGAGGAACAAUAGCUUUGAUUCCAUGAAAAAUGUACAGAUUCUACAGCUAGACUAAUUGUUUUAUUAAACUAGCCUAAGAUAGACUAUCAGACUCGAAUGCUCCAUCAAACCCUCUAUUCAUCAUGUUUACAGCCAGGUACUAACCGUGUAUCUGCCCUGCUUCUCUCCCAGGCUGACCUGAAGAAAGAUGCCACCCCAAUGGAUGACUCAGACUUGGAGAAAAAGAGACGUGAGACAGAUGCCCUUCUGCAGAGCAUGGGCAUCACAUCAGCUGAUGUUCCUGUUGGUAAGACACCAUGUACCACCAGUAUUAGAGGUUUUACAAAUCUCUGUACAUUAGCUUUUUACAAGAAAGUGUAUUGGGCCUCUAGUGUAGUGACUCUUGACAUGCAUUUUUCUAAACCAAGAUUUAUGUGAGUCCUCUGUAGCUCAACUGGUAGAGCACGGCGCUUGAAACGCCAAGGUAGUGGGUUCGAGCCCCGGGACCACCCAUACACAAAAAUGUAUGCAUGCAUGACUGUAAGUCGCUUUGGAUAAAAGCGUCUGCUAAAUGGCAUAUUAUUAUAUUAUUAUUAUUAUGUGAGAGAACAUUGUCACCACGCUAACAGAAGGGGGCAGAAGUGGUCCAUAGUAGAUUAAUUAAUGUUGCCUUAUGGCUGGCUAGGCCUGUCAGUGUGUAAACCAGAAGCUUUGUGAUAGAAAAGUAGGGAACUGAUGUUAUGAAUUAAUCCGAAAAUUUAAUUAAAUAAAUCUAAGGCUUGCCAAGGUUCCUUAGACUCGAAAUGUGAAUAGCUUAAAAAAUAUGACAGUGACAUGAUUAAAUACUUGUUUUGUAUUUUUGAAUUUGACAACACACCCUCGAAUUUUGCCUCAAUUUCUCUAACAUGUCUCAUCCAUUUACUUUUGGUAUGCUGAUGUGUGAUUAGUUGUUUGUAAUACUAUUGAUAUUUGUCUUACUGUUGAAUUUUCACUUGCAUUUUCACAGUGUAUGGCAUGAAAUAUAACAAUUUGUCUUUGUCUUUUCUCUCUUGUGCUGCUCAUACCCACUCCUUAUUUGCGUUUUUGCAUGCCACAUUAACAUAUAUAUAUUUUUACCACUGCUGGUACCCCAACACUACAUACUUUUGCACCAUUGUGACCAGUCCAGCUUCUGCGCGUAGUAACAGAGGAUACCUGUCUGUUUCACUAUCUAGUCCCUCCUCCCAUGUCUCCAACCUGCAAAUCCGUGGGCACACCAAGCGAGGCAGGGAGCCAAGACUCAGGCGAUGGCGCCGUGGGACCCAGGUACAACCCCCCCCCGUUUAAUGUUUUAAUGAGAAAAUGCUUUAAUUUCUCUCUGCAAAGAGCCUUCAUCCUCUAAGCACAGUGCAGCGUCGCUGUAAUUUAGGUUGUGAUGCAUGCAAGGGCUUUUAAUCGCAGGAAUGAAUGAGGGACUGUCUCUCCUAAUGUCUGUGUCAUUUUGAAGGAUUUGUGUAUCACAGGUUUGAGCAGGUCUCUUCCCUAUAAAUCCAUGUCACAGCUGGAACAGUAAUCGCGUAUCUAGGUUUUUAGUAAGAUAUUGCCAAUGUUCUUACAAUUAAAUUGAAACUAUCGUUGAAUUAGUUUUGACUAAAUUGACACGUGCUUAUGUAACCUUUUGCCUUGUAAACUAUGCCCAUAAACAUGUACAGUUUUGAAAACACAGUACGGGUGUUAUUUUCUUCUCAAAGUAACACACAAAUGCCCAACAACAACACUUUGCCAUGGUUUUGCAUACAUUUUAAAACCUUGCAUGGCGCACUUGUAAAAGUCAACUAGUUUUUGUAGAGCAAGAGAUUCCACAUUGUUCUAGAUUGAUGUAGCACAACACAGGGUAAGCUGAUGCUUUUAAGAGUGUACAUUAACAAUAUCCCAUCUGAAGCAUGGUGUUGCAUCAUGGUAUAUACAGUACCAUUAAAGAGAACGAUGACUAGCUUAUGCUAAGAGUGCAUGUUUAUUUUGUUUGUGUGCUGUUGCAUUAUGAUGGUCCUAAAUGGACAAUAAAACAGCAGGGCUGGGGGACUUCUUAACCCCUAAUUAGAGCCCCGGUCCCCCUGUUGAAACUCUAGAUCACCCAGAGUCCCAUCAGGCCCAGGGAGCUCUUCCUCCACCCCAAGGCCCUACGUGUUGACUCGUUUCCCUCAGCAGCAUGGCCAUUUCCUACACACAUGGAGGUCAUGUUUUCCCCCGCAGGGCGCUCCUUCACAUGGGAGUUCAAGCCGUUCGUGUGACACAGUUCAGGCCUCAACAGCCCCUCAGGCUGCCUCAUUACACCCAGUGUCAUCACACACUCAGGACCUGUGUCCACGCAUUUUAAACAGAUACUGUCCUUGUUUUUUCUAUUUGAGUUUUUUUCUAUAGAAGUGCCUACUAGAGGGUUGUUGUGGUAACCUCGUUUUCCCACCCUCUUACGUAAAAUUCACGCAGUGUUUCUGAAAUGAAUGUAGUGAAUUGAACACAAGUUUGCUUUGUUACCUGUGUUUUUCAGUGUGGGCAUGUUGAGUGUAUAUGUUCUAACUUGUAUCCUCUCUUGGUUUAUGCCUGCUUUCUCUCACUAAUGCUGCCUUGUUGCUGUGACACUAACCAGGACUCUCCACUGGGACUCUGACCCGUCCACGCUUCAGCUUCACUCUGACUCUGAGCUGCGGUAUUGGACGCUACCUUCUUUUCAACCUCUAGUGUUGUUGCUCUUCUUUACCCUCUCAAAGCCAUCAUUUUAUAUCAGAAAGAAAGUGUGUGUCUUGGUGGCAUCUUUCUUUGACCUACAUACACGUUGUUAUCCUUCUUUUCCUUCUCCAUUAAUAAGUGAUUAUCAGAAGACAAAAUCCCCCAACUGUCUUAAAGGCAACUUCAGCUUUGAGGUGCUAAUGAAAAGAUGGCAAUGUGAUAAUACUGUUGUGUGCUUUGUCUGGGCUGGCCAGGUUCAUGUUAUUAUUUCAGCUCUCCUUGGCCCUUCCAUGUGUCUGAAGAUGUGCUCUGUUUUUAGGCGUGGACCUCUGAAGCUGGGCAUGGCCAAGAUCACCCAUGUUGACUUCCCUCCAAAAGAGACGGUGUCGUACACCAAGGAGACCCAGACACCUGUUAUGACCCAGCUGAAGGAAGGUGAGAUGCCUGACUCAACUACUCUAGGCACUUCUAGGAGUUGAUAUUUUCUGCACAACUAAAGCAGUGUGUGUGUGUGUGAUGUGGCCGGCCGGCUGGCUGGCCUGUGUGAUCGUACGAGUGGGAGCAGGAAGUGAACACAGAGUGUAAAUGAUCUGGCCUUACCGAGCACAGAGAUGAAAGCCGGGGGAAAUUGCAGGGGCCCCGGGAAACAUAAGAAACCAAAGGAAAGAUUAAAUUCACACACAUAGGCCCACUCCUCUCAAAACCCCCAUCCUCAAACCAAUAGGGCACUGCUACAAUGAAUGUGGAGGUUGAGAGGGCCAGGGCGAAUAAGGAAGAAAGGCAGUAGAUUGGCUAGAUAUGAAGCGCCCUGUGCAUGCUUGGUUAAUGUAUCUGAAGCAUGUCAAUAUGUAUGGUAUUGUUGCACACCAGCUCAUGUGGUUGUCUGUGUAUCUUUAAAAAAACCAUAUUUGCCCGUAAAGUCCACAUGUGCAAUAUUGUGAUUACGCCCCUGGUUUUUCUGUGCUAAGAUGCAGUUCAAGCAGUGUCUCUCGGGCUGAAACCCAUCUCGGUUGUUUACACUGCUUUAUCAACAGGACAUGUCAGAGACUACCCUACUCCUAUAAAGAGGGCAAUGUAACCUUGCUGUUUUUGAUUUAUUUACACAGUGAGGGAUUUUAAAGAGUUUCCUGAUUUCUGCUUGAGGACUUGUGUUCGUAGAUGUUUGGGUUGAUGAACAAAAGGUUUAUUCCCUGCUCGGGCUAGUUGUCUUUGUGCUUGAGAAGCAACUACUCUAAGUUCCACCUUCACACUUCAAACUGCAUAGAAUCAACUUAGUUCCGUAUCAUAUCAAUCUCCCGUGGAAACUAACCAGAUGACUUGUGGUGAUUUGUCAUUGAGGAUUGUGAAUUGCCUGCAGUCUGGCUCUGAACAAGUUGUGUGACUCUGUGGGAAAAAAACACAACCAGACCCAACGAAGAGUAGAACUCUCUCUCUAAGGCAUUGUACCACUGUGUUAAACAAGGAGGGUUUCUGCCGGCUGUUCAACACUAGACCCCCUCCACUCUCUCUGCCACUCUGUAAUCAUUUCAUCAACACUCUCACUUCCCUAUCUUUUCCCUUCACCCAAUAGGCACAUAACAAAACACACUCAGUGACAUUGUGAGUUUUCGCGCCAUCACUCCUGGCACUUGGUGAGGCGGCGUCUCCUCGCCUGUUCGCACCCUUCUGUGCAUAUUCGAUGUAGGGGGUGGAGUCGGGCGCGUGCACUGAUUGAGCUAUUCAUCAUGUUGUCAAGAGGAGGCGACGGCACGGUACACAAGGUCAGCGGGCGUUGGCAUUGGAGGGAGGUGAUGCCGUGCCAUGCUACACAGAGAGAGGGGGGGGAGAGAGAGAUCCCAAAUGGUCCCCAUAGAUGACCCACCCCUCUCCAAAAAAGGCACAAAAAGCUGAUUAGUGGUGUAGGGUCUCCCAUCCUCUAGACCACAGGUUUUCAAGCCUCUCCUCGGGGACCCCCAGCCGUUCCAUGUAUUUGAACUAGUCCACAGCUAUCACACCUGAUUUAACUUGUCAACUAAUCAUCAAGCACUUGAAUAGGUGAAUCAGGUGAAAUAGUUCAGGGCUACAACUAAAUUGUGAAAUGUCUAGGGGUCCCAGGGCAGAGGUUUGAAAGCCACUGCUCUAGACUGCCUCUAAUAUAGGCUACUAGGAGUCCUGUGUAGACACAAAUGUAGUGACCUGGUGGGAAAAAUCUAUUAGAUUGAAAACUUUCCCCAUAAAUCUUAGGCCCAACAAUAUUUAUAAAAGUCAUACUCAUUGUUUUUUUGGGAUGAUUGUAAUUCCCAUUCCAGGUCAUGCAAGGAAAAGCAGUGAAUCAGGCCCACAGUGUGUAGAAAUCAAAUGUAGUGGUAGGCUAUAUGAAGAACAUUAGCGUGUUCAGGCUACAGCAGUAGACUUUAUGCAACGUCAAUAAGUGCUGCUUAGCAAGAGGUUAUAAUUAUGGAACAAAUAUAUAGGGUAAUUCAUUGAGUGGUCUGCCUGGAACUCCUGUUUUAAAAAUGCUUCAGGCAAUACAAGAGAGAGCAUUUGAGUACAUUUGAAAUAUGAUUAAUUUCAAUUGUUUUAAUCACUUGGAAUUCAAGGGAAGGCCAUAACUUUUAAUCACUGAAGGAACUCAACAGCCUCUUGUUUGAAGUGGCACUCUUAGAACAUUGUCACCUUUCAUACGCUUGGCACUUGAUGAUUAGUACCCCUUAACUGACUGUAUUGUUGAAUAAAAUGUAAGGCUACCAUUUUUAACUACAGUUUCAGCAUGCUCAUAUCAAUUCUAGUAGAGUUUAUUCAAAGAUCUGAAUGUGAAAAAAUAACCAGAAAGAAAGAUUUAUAGGGUCGAUUUUUUUGUUGUUGUUGCUGAAUCACAUCUUCACAGAAAGGUAUUUUUUGUGUCUCAAUCGUCUGUUUGUUGAGAGAGAAAGAGAGCCUAUAUAGAGGGAUAGAGAGACAGAGGUAACCAGUGCUCCAAGUGUGUAAACUCAACAAAAGCCUCUCAUUUCACAGCUGACUGAACCCUGAUUAACCUGCUCAUCAGAAUAGCAGUAGGGUGACUGCUGAAAUCUCCUGUGUUGUGUUGUCCCUUUAGUAAAUCCGUAUCUGACACUUAAAGAAAAUGUGAUGCAGGCCUAUGCUAUGCACGUAAACAUAUUUUGGCACUUGACCUGCUUCUGAUAGUAGCAAAAUACAUUUGGGGCAUUGAGAUGUCAAAUUAUCUUGCCAUUCAUUUUAGCUGGCAAAUGCAAUAAAUAGGAUAACAGAAUUAAAAGGAAUCUUCUCAUAUGUGAUUUGUGAACAGUUGUUAUGAGUAAUGCUGUUUACUUUAGACUUGAAAGGGAAGGGCAUUUUCAUUUACAGAUUGAAAACUAGCAGUGAAUUGAAUGACGCCAAGGCGUGUUCUGUGUUUAGCACUAAGUGGGCUCUCUCUCUACUGACAGACCGUGUGCUGUCUCCGCAUCUCAUCUAGAAAGAUCAGCCGAUGGAAGCUGAGGUUUGUGGAACAGCCUUUAGUAAACUGACAUGUGGAAGUCAGAUUUGUGUUGUCCAUCCUUUGGCUGUGGACGAGAGGAACACACCUGCAGUGGGGAGUAAAGGUCAUUAGUUUUGUACUUGAACAACACAGUGGGCCCACGUGGCGUUUGCAUUAAUAUAGUGUCUAUUGACAAAGACCUGUGAUUACACCUCCCUCCCUCGGCACCACUCCCCCAAAAAGCUUUUAUUUCUUAAGUGGUACAAAAGCCAUAAUUGGGCCUGCUUUGAGGGGAGGUGUCAGUGUGCAGGACAUGGUUGAUCCGUGUUGAAUUCUGUUAAAUGUUUCCCCCCACCCCUGAUUCUGUCCUCCACCCCCACCCACCUACCCCCCGUUACCCCAGCGGGGUCACCAGGAUCACUAGAUUUUCUCCAAAUGGCUAUUUUGGCUGGCAGGUGCAUUAUACCCUUUAUUUUCAGAUUGUCUUUCCGCUCCUAAUGCCUGGCAGGUUGAUUGCUCUGCCUGCCUCGCCGUGGAAACGGCUGACAAGCGCGGCCGGGCCCAGCUGAAAGACAGUGAUUACUGUUUUCCUUUAAGCUUGAUUGAGGCCCUUGAAAGGAAAGAUUUUAACCUUCUCCAUUUGGUCUCAGGGUACGGCCAUCCAUUGAAAUGGCUCAUCAUCAACCCAGUUCUGUAAACUCAUCAGAGCACCCAAUGCCCUCCCACCUAAUAGGAAGGGAGGAAAGAGAAUCACUUCAUAUGGGCAAAGUGACUGAUGACAUUAUCAUAGAUCUCAGUGGAAAGGAAACGGUUCUGUGCAACGCUGCUGCCAUUAUAGAUGAACUAUGCAUAUGUAGAGCUCUAAAGGGUAUGGAAGUAACAAACUGUACAUUUUCUCAACCGCAUGAAUGUGUUUGUUUAGGCUCUCUAUUUAUACAUUGAAGAGGCGUGUAUGGAGAGGGGACGGUGAGGUGUUGGUUUGAGAUAGCAGAGUUGUCUAGUGUGUUUGAGCCAGCAUGUGGUUUGCCAGCUGGUCCGUCCUACAAGCUGGAUUUUGUUGUACGUUCUCUGAGGUUGAAUAGCAGUCUGUGGACCCCCUGGCGGGACGGUAAUUGCACAGGCUUGCCGUUCAGAGAAAGACUUGUCUAGGGGCGGCCAGGCGGAAAACCUCUGUGCCAUCCUCAUGCCACCUUUGAGUAGAACAAGACAAUCCAAGCAGCGCCAUCUGGUUAGCACCGUCCUGUCAGCUGGUCGGACCAAUGGGAGUGGGCCUGGGCAGCUGCUCCCCGCCCGCUGCCCCCGGACCAUGGCCCCUGGCCUGGUUGGAAGGGGGGAACUUGUUACUGGGACAUGGAGGAGAUGGCUACACUGAGAAGUGCAAGCCCCCUGUUGAAUAGCUGGGUCUCAUUAACAGGGGAAGGGGGGGGGGGGGGGACCUUAGGACCAGACCCCUGCUGCGUCACCCCCCGUCCACACAAAUGACAACUUUAGAGGCGCAGGUCUUUUCAGAGAGGUGACAUUGUGUUGGCAAACCAAACAAAUGGGAGAUAGACACAGAAGGAUUCCAUUCCCAUACCAUUGCUAGCCUGCUUACCAUUCAGUGUGUUUAUUGAGGAGAAAAACAACGUUGCAGAGAUAGACUAGUAGUAGUAGUCAUUAGGAAUGAACCAAACAUUGACACAGAAUUGCAGGAUCAAUUGUCACUUUAAACCAUUGUAAAUGAAAUAAUCCAGGAUUUAUAACAUUUCUCAUUUGUCACUAUCAAAUUUGGCAUCACUAAUUUAGUCUAAACCAUGAUAUUUAAAGCAUUGCCAGGUUUGUUAUAUAGUGUUCAACUGAAAUCAUGCACCUUUUACCCAACAGAGGAAGAAGAGGAGGAGGAGGAAGUUGCUCCACCACAACUAGUGCUUGAGACCCAAACAGAGAAACCUGUCCAGAAAGAGGAGGAGGAAGGUAGGAGUUGUGGUGCUAAAAGAAAAACAAUUGGACUUCUUUGAUGUCAUCUUCAUUGAAUAAUCCUACUAACCAUUUUUGUGGGAUUUUGACUUCCACAUUUUGUAUGAUGUCCCUUUGUUUCGACUUAAAUUCGAAUGAGACAACCCAAACCUGUUAGAUGAUUCCGUAUCCUUUGUCCAUAACUUUUACUGUCUGUCUGCAGCACCUCCACAAGAGCUGACCGAGGAAGAGAAGCUGCAGAUCCUCCACUCUGAGGAGUUUAUAACCUUCUUUGACCACAGCACCCGCAUUGUGGAGCGGGCUCUGUCCGAACAUGUGGACGUCUUCUUCGACUACAGUGGUCGCGAGAUGGAGGAGAAGGAAGGGUAAGGAAAGCUUUCCAAUAGAGACAAGAGGCACAUUUCUUUGAUAUCUUUGAAUAGAAAAGGCAAAAUCAUGUCGCUGUUUAGUAAUAGGAAGGAGUGUGUUAUUGUUAUGACUUGACUGUGACUAUGCUGUUUUCUAGUGAGAUCCAGGCGGGGGCCAAGCUGUUUCUGAACAGGCAGUUUAUGGACGAGCGCUGGUCCAAGCACCGUGUGGUCACCUGUCUGGACUGGUCCCCUCAGGUAAAACAUGCUCCGGGGUGAAGUUUCUCCUAGGUGCAGAUCUAGGAUCAGCUUCCCCUUUCCAAUCCUAACCUUAAUCAUUGAAAGAACUGACCCAAGAUCAGUGUCUAUGGGGAACUUCACCCUAUACCGGUAAAACACAGUACCGUCCGUCAGCGUUGGCUCAUGAUGCUACUUUUUCACUGACUCAGUCACCUGAGUGAAAAUGCAAGCAAUAGUUCUUUAUGGUUUCACUGGCCCCUGCGUCUUUGUGAAUCAUGUUAAUCUGUCUUUGUGUGUUCGAAUUCCAUCACAUAUUGCGUUUGUUAUUGUAAGAAUUAAGUAUGUUAAUGCAUUGUUGAGUCUUUAACUCCCGCACCGCUGCCCUAAUUCUGUAUGAUAUACAUGGGACUUAUUUUACAUAUUAGACAUUUAACCAUGUUCCUCCGGGAGCUGGGACUGUGUCAUGCACAAAUUGUCACUUAGUACAAGCCCGUAAUGAUUUGUUUGCCCUUACGUCGCUCUUCAUUUGAUUCAUAGUUCUACAAUGGCUUCUGUCAGUGAUUGAACACCAACUCAUUGUUCACCACUACGUUGCUCGCUCAGAGCAAAAUCCAUUCCCUUGUGUUAAAUUGUGUAUUCACAAACUGUAAACUUCAGUUGUUCCAAUAUGAGAAGCAGCAGAGGUUAAUGGUUUGUUUACAUCUGGUAAGUGGCUGAGAGCAGGAUUUUAAAGCCAUUCUUUCCUCAGCCAUUUCUCCUUGUGUUUUAAAUGUGCACUGGAGGGUUGGGUUUCAAAGGUCUCCAACGACCUGGAGUGGCCAACUUUACUACUGUGGUUCACUCGGCUGUCUCAGAAGUCUAGUCCCUAGUCCUUUAACAUUAUGCAAAGCUGUAGCAUCCAAACGUUAUUUACCAGACUGCGCUGUUGGGGAAAAGUUUCCCGGCCAUAAAUCUUGUUGAAGGAGGGGCGGUUACGCAUUCUGCUAGGCAUUCACCGGCACCGCGGAGGGCAGGGGAGGCUUGUUCACGUGGAGCCAAGCCUGGAGGCCAUGACUACUUCCUCUUGACAUUCAUUUGGGCUGAUUUGUCUGUCACCAGUAUCCUGAGCUGCUGGUUGCCUCAUACAACAACAAUGAGGAAGCCCCCCACGAGCCGGACGGGGUGGCCCUGGUCUGGAACAUGAAGUACAAGAAGAACACGCCAGAGUACGUCUUCCACUGCCAGGUACUAAAGCCAUGCAGGGCCCCUCUCUUUCUUUGCCCCCCCCCCAUCCUCUCCCCUCUGCCUCAUGGGUGGCUCUCUCCCUGACGAGUGUGGCACACCGCCAACCAUCCCUCCCACCUCUCUCUCUCUCUCUCUCUCCCUCCCUCCCUUGAUCCCCCCUCCCCAUCCACAUUGUGAUUUCACUGGGCUGGCAUUCACCUCCACCACAUCUAUCCACAAACACAUGUUAGUGAGGCGCCGGAGAAGAGCAGUGUUGCAAUAGCGGACUGGGGUCCAAGAGGCUGCAGCAGUCGUAUUAAGUGUGGUGUGCUGUGCAGGGCUGGAGUGGUUAUCAUGUGUAUCUAAACAAGAGCCCUGUGUUUCAGCAGAGAGUGAGCGAGAGGGCAGCUCCUCCGCUGGCUUGCCUUAAUAUACUGCAUGCCCUGAGGUUCGCACACCAAGGCAGGUUGAGUAGAACCACAUGUUGCUGCCGCCAGAGCGGAUGUAGUCUCAGGCACAUUGCUCCGACAAAAUAAAACUGAGCAGAAGUGUGAAGUCAUUUUUCUUCAUGCCUCCAAGUGGGCGGGAAAUGCAAUUUUUCCUCACCAAGUGUCACCUUUUGUUAAAAAUGUACUUGGAUGAAUUAAUGAUUAAAUAUGACUACAUGUUUAGGAUUUACAGGGGAUUUGUUUCAGGCUAUGGUGAAGGUAGGGCUUGGACCAGGAAGCCAGAGAACACGGAAGGAGAUUUUACACAUAAGAAACUAGCAUGAAUAAUGUAGACAUAUUCCAUACAUGAUAUGUCCUGUCGUGAGCUGCCUCCAGCAGAAGGCUCUGCCGUGAGUGGGGAAGUGUGAGUCAUGGAAAACAGGGGAUUGUUAAAGUUGAAAUGAAAAGAAGCAGCCUGCUAUACAGCAAGCUGGCAUACAGCUGCAGGAGCCUGAAUGGUUCAAGUCUGUAUAUUCUUUUUAGCAGGUCUGAAAUGGGGACCGCACACAGCAGUUUUUGAUUGGAGGUGACAUAGACGUACAUUACCAGAGAGCUGUCGCCGUUCCACAGUGUACUACUUCAUCUCAGCAGACGCUAACAUGGCGCUCUCUCUUUUUUUUACCCUCCCUCUCUCUCUGCCAGUCUGCUGUGAUGUCGGCCGCCUUUGCCAAGUUCCACCCUAACCUGGUGGUGGGGGGCACCUACUCAGGGCAGAUCGUUCUGUGGGACAACCGGAGCAACAAGAGGACCCCCGUACAGAGGACCCCCCUGUCAGCAGCAGCACACACGGUAUAGCAACAAUGGGAUGGAAUGCCAAUCAACCAUCACCAAAAUAUAUUUUGAUCUCAACCGUUACAUUUGACACAUACAAUGGCAAGUAGAGCAGAGUGCAGGUUACAUUGGUGUGUUGUAAACAGCCUCAUUGUGUGGCCUUGUUCCCCUUUCUCUCUGUGCAGCACCCAGUGUACUGUGUGAACGUGGUGGGCACCCAGAACGCCCACAACCUCAUCAGCAUCUCUACCGACGGCAAGAUGUGUUCCUGGAGCCUGGACAUGCUGUCUCAGCCGCAGGUAGGUACCGCCCAUCAGUCACCUCACCACACUGACACGGGACCGCUCAGCCUGUUCUCCGCACACUACACGUCGGCCCAGUCAUGGGGCAUGUCAAACACCGGGACCUCACUAGACCCAUUUUGUUUCAGCCGCGCCGUUUGUUUUUACGCACUAACUAUAAUUUUGCGCUCAAUUCAUUUUUCAAAGGCAAGGAAAUGAACUCUGCUAGCGAUGUCAUUCCGACGACGCUGCCAAACCCACCGAACGUCAAAUGUUAAUCAUUUAUAAAGUGCUAGCUGAAUUUAGAUUAUGCAUUAAUAACCUGUCAAGUGAAAUGUAUAGGCUGUGGUUAGGGUAGUGUGUGUGUGUGUGUGUGUUAACAUGCAGGCCGGGCAGAGAGAGAGCUGGUUGUUCUGUUCCCACUACUCUACAGGACAGCCUGGAGCUGGUGUUCAAGCAGUCCAAGGCCGUAGCUGUCACCUCCAUGUCUUUCCCCCUCGGAGAUGUCAACAACUUUGCGGUGGGGAGCGAAGAUGGAUCCGUCUACAUGGCGUGUCGUCAUGGAAGGUACACCAACAACCAAUCCCCCACCCACCCAGUCCCCCCUGUCCCCAUCCCCGUCCUCUCUGGCUGGGCAGACACCUCCAGGAAACUGAGGAGGCUUGUUAGGCCCCGGUUUAAAACAUAAAUAUAUCCCCCUCACUUCCCCAAGCAAUAUGAAUCGAACACUUGAUGUCCUGCUGUUUGAGGUUUUCACUCCUACCCCAGUCAUCCUGUUUUGCUUUAGCUUCUGUCAGUUAUGUUUGUAAAGGUCGCCCAACAUAAACAGGGCACACAUGGAGGGGAAACAAAUCAUUUUUUCCCUCUUUUCUUUUGGAGGUGUUCUCCCUCAGAGUGAGGGAGUUUGUUUAAAACUCGGUGUCUCAAAGAGACUUAGAAUCUGAAGUUUGUUACACAAUGCUCUCGUUUGAGCAAACAGUCAGUGUGUCCGCUUGUGAGGCGACAGAGCAACAUUGCUUGCCUUGGAGUGCUGCCUGCGACGGAGAGCCAUGUCUCUACGGCUACGGUGUUCAUGUUAAUGUCCUGCAUUAUGCCCAGAGACCGCCGAGAGGGGAUAGUUGCUAGGUUCUGCGUUGCAGGUUCACCUCUGUAAUUGAGGGACUGAUUUUCCACCUAAUUUACAAUGGUAUGAUACUCUCAUCCCAGUUAAUAACGCAUAAGCAUCACUCAUGCUGGGUAUUUACCUCUCUGCGUAAUUAUCAGGGCCACAGCCUAGUAACAGCUCUGCAACAUGUGGCUCUGGAGCUGAAAGCUGCCUCUCUUUCACCACUGCGCUGGGAAUCUACAGUCAUGGCAUGUUAAAAAGGGAAUUCUCUAAAUGUUAUUCCCAAAGUAAAUUGAGACAAAAAGGGAGGUCUUAACCAAACCUUGUGUACUAUAAAAUUCAGAAAUAUACUGAACAAAAAUAUAAACGCAACAUGCAACAAUUUCUUUACAGUUCAUAUAAGGAAAUCAGUCAAUUGAAAUAAAUAAAUAGGCCUUAAUCUAUGGAUUUCACAUGACUGGGCAUAGGCCCACCCACUUGGGAGCCAGGCCCAGCCAAUCAGAAUGAGUUUUUCGCCACAAAAGGGCUUUAUUACAAACAGAAAUACUCCUCCACAACCCAUAUUAUAUUUUGUUGGUAAUGAUAUCUCAUUAUACACUGAGUGUCCAAAACAUUAAGAACACCUUCCUAAUAUUGAGUUGCACCCCCCCUUUUGCCCUCAGAACAGCCUCAAUUCUUUGGGGCAUUGACUCUACAAGGUGUUCGUUCCACAGGGAUGCUAGCCCAUAUUGACUCCAAUGCUUCCCACAGUUGUGUCAAGUUGGCUGAAUGUUCUUUGGGUGGUGGACCAUUCUUGAUAGACGCGGGAAACUGUUGAGUGUGAAAAACCCAGCAGCGUUGCAGUUCUUGGCACAAAGCGGGGUGCCUGGCACGUACUACCAUACCCUGUUCAAAGGCACUUAAAUAUUUUGUCUUGCCCAUUCACCCUCUGAAUGGCACACAUACACAAUCCAUGUCUCAAGGCUUAAAAACCCGUCUUUAACCUUGAACCGCUUCAACUACGCUGGUUGAAUUGGAUAUAACAAAUUACAUCAAUAAGGUUCAUAGCUUUCACCUGGUCAGUCUGUCAUGCAAAGAGCAGGUGUUCAUAAUGUUUUGUACACUAAGUAUAUAUGUUAAACCCCUAAGGUUGCAACACUCACUACAGAGUUCCAAACUGCGCCUGGAAGCAACAUCAGCACAAGAACUGUUCGUCGGGAGCUUCAUAAAAUGGGUUUCCAAGGCCGAGCAGCCGCACACAAGCAAUGCCAAGAGUCGGCUGGAGUGGUGUAAAGCUCGCCGCCAUUGGACUCUGGAGCAGUGGAAAUGCGUUCUCUGGAGUGAUGAAUCACGCUUCACCAUCUGGCAGUCCGACGGACAAAUCUGGGUUUGGCGGAUGCCAGGAGAACUCUACCUGCCCCAAAGCAAAAUGCCAGCUGUUCCAUGUAGUGAAUCUGUUAUUCUUGGUGUUUGUAUGGGCUAAUAGCACUAAGGUCAACAUUUUUGUUGAUACUUCAAGGGGUCCUAAAAUUCAAAAUCAAAUAGCAAAAUGAUCCUUGGUAUGACCUUCUUAAAACACUUCCAUAUAACUUGGUAGAACUCCCCUGGCUUAGACAGGGUUUAGACUGUUUAGUGCCAAAUAUAAGGGGUUACAUUCAUAUAAAAAAAAUACAAUGUUUCCUGAUCUUUCUUAUAUCUCUCAGAUAUAGGACAGACACUUCAGAACAAACUUCCUUUAGGUUUUUUUGGGGGGGGCUAUCUGUUCCAAGUAGAGCGUCUGCUAAAUGACUAAAAUGUAAAUGUAAUGAAUCUGUUAUUAAAUGCGUUUGUAUGGGCCCUCCCCUCCCCCCUCCCCACCCCCGGCUUGGACAGGGCUUAGACUCUUAUUGGUUAAUGUAUUCAUCAAGGGGUUCCAUAAGAAAUGUAUGUAACAUGGUGUUUGCUAAUUAUUGCGUUCUUAUCUGCUGUGUGUUGUAUGUUUGGGCCACAGUAAAGCAGGGAUCAGUGAGAUGUUUGAGGGCCACCACGGGCCUAUCACAGGGAUAGACUGUCACACAGCGACAGGGCCCAUCGACUUCUCCCACCUGUUUGUCACCUCCUCCUUCGACUGGACCGUCAAGCUGUGGAGCACUAAGGUACUGUAUCGUCUCUCAAUUAGAAAGCCUGCUGUUACUAUUGUGCGUCCCAAAUGGCAUCGUAUUCCCUACAUAGUGCACUACCUUUGACUAGAGCCCUAUAAGUAGUGCACUAUAUAGGGAAUAGGGUGCCAUUUAGGAAGCAACCUAUAUCUGUGGUUGAAUUUGGACUCAAUUAACCCCACAAAGCUGCAUCUGUUUUUGUUGUUGUUGCAUUGAUCCAGAUAUUUGCAUUUGGCAUGGUCAGUUCCGAGUGGGUCAAUGUUUUCAAGCGCCGCCUGUUUCUCUCUUUCAGAACAACAAGCCACUGUACUCGUUCGAGGACAACUCGGAUUAUGUCUAUGAUGUCAUGUGGUCUCCCACUCACCCGGCUCUGUUUGCGUGUGUGGAUGGAGUGGGCCAUCUUGACCUGUGGAACCUCAACAAUGACACUGAGGUACCCAGCACAUGCCCCCUUUACCACAAGUUUUGCACCAAUGCAGCAUCUAUAGGGGCGGUUUCCCCGACACAGAUUCAGCCUAGUCCUGGACUAAAAGCAGAUUCUCCAGGCUUAAUCUGUCUGGGAAACCGGCCCAUAGUGUAACAGAAAUCCAGUCAGUCAUCAGUAUUGGUGUUGUAGGUGUUGACAGAUGAGGUGUUGACAGAUGAGGUGUUUCUUUUGCAGGUUCCCACAGCCAGUACCACAGUGGAGGGGAACCCAGCCCUGAACCGUGUGCGAUGGGCCCACUCCGGCAAAGAGAUAGCCGUGGGAGACUCUGAUGGCCAGAUUCUGGUCUAUGAUGUUGGAGAGGUGAGUGGGUUAAGAGCCUUUACUGUGCCAAUAAAAUGCAUGGAAUUCUUCAUAUAUGUUUUGGAAGGGGGUUUUACAUUCAGACAUUUGAGCAAGAAUUGAGAUCUAGGCUAAAUCUCAAAUGUUCCUUUGAGAGGUUCAAUGGGGUUAUUCCCUAUUUUCCUCCUAUACCUCAAGUGGAGGUGAAGGGGCUCUGGUAAUACUUUAUGCUUCAUGUCUCGGGACAACAAUUAAGCCAUUGUCUUGUCAGAGGCCAGCUAUCUGGAUGGAGACGGCUCCUGAGGGUCUGUCUGAGUGUCUGUGUCAGUCAUGUCACUGAGUAGUGAGCUGCAGAUACAGAGAGCAGCUCUCCCCCACCCUGAUCUCUGCCACUGACAGGUCAAGUCUCUGUGACAAUUAGAAGAUUGCCUGUGAUCCCCUGCCCCCUGAAAGUGUCCCAGUUUCAACAAUAUGAGUUAGUAUUUUCACCCAUAUCAAUGCUUUGUCUUCCUCUCCCCCCAGCAAAUCGCCGUUCCACGCAACGACGAGUGGACCCGUUUCGUCCGAACCCUGGCGGAGAUCAACGAGAACCGGGACGACGCUGAGGAGCUGGCCGCUCAGCGCCUCUCUGCC